AUGCCGGCGGCGGGAGGCGGCCGCCGCCUACGCGGCGUGCGCCGCGACGCCGACCCCCGCGCGCUGCCGCUGCCCGGCGCCGCCCGCGCCUGGGGCUACGACUCGGACGGGCAGCACAGUGACUCCGAUUCAGAGCCGGAAUUUUCUUCCCUCUCGCCCUCCAUCCCAAGCGCCAUCCCCGUGACCGGAGAAUCCUACUGCAACUGCGAGAACCAGAGCGAGGCUCCCUACUGCUCCAGCCUGCACGCCAUCCACCGCGUCAAGGACUGCCAGUGCGGCGAGGAGGACGAGUAUUUUGACUGGGUGUGGGACGACCUGAACAAGUCGACGGCCACGCUGCUGACCUGUGACAACCGCAAGGUGAACUUCCACAUGGAGUACAGCUGCGGCACGGCUGCCAUCCGGGGCAACAAGGAGCUGGCAGAUGGGCAGCACUUCUGGGAGAUCAAGAUGACCUCCCCAGUCUAUGGCACGGACAUGAUGGUGGGAAUUGGCACGUCGGAUGUGAAUCUGGACAAGUACCGGCACACUUUCUGCAGUCUGCUGGGCAAGGAUGAAGACAGCUGGGGACUCUCCUACACAGGACUGUUGCAUCACAAGGGAGACAAGACAAACUUCUCCUCGAGGUUUGGCCAAGGCUCCAUCAUUGGGGUGCACCUGGACACGUGGCAUGGGACGCUCACCUUCUUCAAAAACCGCAAGUGCAUAGGAGUUGCAGCUACCAAGCUGCAGAACAAGAAGUUCUACCCCAUGGUGUGCUCGACAGCGGCCAAGAGCAGCAUGAAGGUGAUCCGCUCCUGCGCCAGCUGCACGUCCCUGCAGUACCUCUGCUGCUACCGCCUGCGCCAGCUCCUGCCCAACUACGUGGACACACUGGAGGUGCUGCCCUUGCCACCAGGACUCAAGCAAGUGCUACAUAACAAACUCGGGUGGGUCCUGAGCAUGAACUAUAGCAUGUCGAAGCCUUCCUCCUCCUCGUCGGGAAGCGACUCGGACAGCUCGUGUGGCUCAGAUGCAGAGGCCUGCCAAAGGAAGAGGUGCAGGAGGACGUGAAGUCUCCUCAGACAAACUGCCUUGAAGGGGUCGGAUGGGGUUAUGUUCUGCUGCCUGCAAGGGCAGAGUCCAGGCCUGAUGCACCUCUUUCUUCACGGGGACGUGAGUUUCUACUUGUUCGCAAAGAUUUCUCUUAAUGCUCUUUGAAAUCUUUAUGCUAAACAUCCAUCACUUGUAUUGAAGAUACCUAUAGACUCGAAGAGGUCCCAUCUCUGUGGAACAGAUAAACCGCAGCCAAAUGUCUGAGCUUAAUCUCCUGCCUUGAUAUCAAAAUCAUCGCCUCUUCAGGAAGAAUCAUUCUUCUCUGUAGACUGUUCAGCAGAGACAAGACUUAAAAUUUAAGCACACUUUUAGCGAACUGUAAUCAAAUAACGGACUUCUCAAAAGACAGAAGUCAAAACGACGUCUCCCUCCUUCUAAGUGUCAUCUGUUGGUUUGGGAUUUGCAAUAAAUUCUUCACAGUGGUGGUGGGGCGUGGUUGAAGGGCAGCACGUAGGGAAAUGGGCUCCUAAAGAUGCAUCUGUGCUAUGUGACCAUUGGUACUGCAGGGAAAGAGCAGUUCCUUACGAGCGGUGAGCUCUUAGUGAUCUUUCUUGAGCCUCUGAUGACUUUAAUUGCUUUGCAUGUCGGCUACUGCUGCUUCUCCUGUAUCAAAGA